GCCUUUGUAAGCUUGCAAGGGACAUACAAAGGACUCACAAAGCUUUGUAGUCUUUUUAAUUGCUUCUUUUAAUAGAAAUGACAAAUACCCACCAUUUGCUUCAACGUGGAUGGAACUGGAGGGUAUUACGCUGAGUGAAACUCUGCUGCUGGCUGAGAUGACUCUUCAAAGAGCAGGGGGUAGGAGCAAAUGACCUCCCUUUCCAGACUCAAGAUUUCUUCUUUACAUGAGUUCACUAUGAUCAAUUCUACAUCUAAGAAAAGGACUUACUGGGCCUGCAUUUCCAUGGAAGACAAGACAAGGCUCCCUAGUGAUACUAAAUUAUAUGAUAUGUAGAAGAGAGUGAAAACGUCUUUUUUGCCUAUUUUACAGGACAUGGUCCUUUUUCUCCUGGGAAGUUGGCUCCCUUUACUCAUUAUGCCAUUUUUCAAUCAAAGCAUUUUCCACCCUGCAGUCUUCCUUCUUACUGGCAUCCCUGGUUUUGAAAGUUACCAUGCCUGGCUCUCCAUCCCUUUCUGUUGUCUCUAUGCCAUUGCCAUCUCUGGGAAUGGUAUGAUCUUGUUUGUCAUCCUCACUGAGUCAAGCCUUCAUGAACCCAUGUACUAUUUCCUCUCCAUGCUCUCCUUCACGGACCUAGGGCUGUGCCUUUCCACAUUGGUCACCAUGCUGCGUAUUUUCUGGUUCAAUGCUCAAGAAAUCAGUUUUGAUGCCUGCAUUAGCCAAAUGUUCUUUAUCCAUGGUUUCACAUUCAUGGAGUCCUCUGUACUUCUGGUGAUGGCCUUUGACCGCUUCAUUGCCAUCUGUAACCCACUGAGAUAUGCCACAAUCUUAACCAAUUCAAGGAUCAUCAAAGUGGGCUUUGCCAUUGUUAUUAGAGGGACAACGGCUCUAGUACCUUUACUCCUGCUCUUAAAGCGUCUAUCCUUCUGCCGUAGCCAUGUUCUGCACCAUUCAUAUUGUUUCCACCCUGAUGUGAUGAAGCUUUCAUGCACAGAUACCAAGAUCAACAGUGCAUUUGGUUUGGCUAUUGUUAUCUCUACUGCUGGCAUAGACUCUGUCUUGAUCCUCCUCUCCUAUGUUCUGAUCAUCCACUCUGUGCUCAGCAUUGCCUCCCCAAAGGAGCGGAAAAAGGCCUUUGGUACUUGUGUCUCACACAUAAGUGCCGUUGCCAUCUUCUACAUCCCCAUGAUCAGCUUGUCACUGGUACACAGAUUUGGGAAGCAUGCCCCUCCCCUUGUGCACACCCUUAUUGCCAAUGUUUACCUGCUCAUCCCUCCUGUGAUGAAUCCCAUAAUCUAUAGUGUGAAGACCAAGCAAAUUCGUAAGGCUGUGCUCAAAAUUUUCCUUUCUAAGCUGAUUUAGGAAAUUUUCAGUACAUUCUUCUUUAUAUAGUCUUUCUCACUCAUUUUGAUUUUCUACUAGUGUGAGUUACAACUAUACCAUGAGAAAGCAUGUUUAUACAGGAUUUCACUCUUUUCUGAUAGUCCAGUAAUUUAUGACUCAUACAAAAAAAUUAAAAAAAAUUUAUGACUCAUACAGUUCUAGAGUGUGAACAUUUUGAGAGCAGAGAUCAUGUCUUAUGUAAUUCUAGCACUCCCACAAAUACUGCUUUUGGCUUAGAAUAAGGCCAUAGGUAAAAUAUGCCUACAUGCGUAGAUAAAUGAGGUCUUUCCUUGGAGCUCUAGAGUAUGUACCUACCCAAGGAAUGUCUGAUGUAAUUUAAAGAUUUUCUUUAUCUAUUUAGAGAGAGCAUGAGCGAGGAUGGGCAGAAAGGGAGUGAAAGGGAGAAAGAAUGUGAAGCCGACUCCCCACUGAUCCGGAGCCUGAUUUGGGGCUUGAUCUAAUGACCUUGAGAUCAAGAGCCUAGCAGAAACCAAGAGUCAGAAGCUCAGCUGACUAAACCUCCCAGGCUCAGUCAUCACUGAUAUAAUUUAGAUCAGUAGCAAAUUCUAGGCUUCGUAAAUAUCUAUUUUGGGGAAUAAUUUCAAGGUCCUGGGAUCAAGCCCCAAAUCAGACUCUGAGCUCAGUGGGGAGUCUGCUUCAGAUUCUUUUUCUCUCUCCCUCCCUGUCUGCCCUUCCACUCAUGAACUCUCUCUCUCUCAAAUAUAUAGAUAAAUAAUAAAAUAUUUAUAUCAGACAUUCCUUGGAUAGCUACACACGCUAGAGAUGGUAAAACUGUCUAAAUCCCAAAGAAAGACAUCACUUGUCUAUGCAUGUAGGCAUAUUUUACCCAUGGCCUUAUUCUAAGCCAGGUGCAGUUAUUUGUGGGAGUGCCAUAAUGAUAACUAUCCCCCAAAAUAGAUGAUUCAAGGCUGAGGAACAUGAAUAAGCACAAUAAAUAAGAAAUGUGAAUGAAAAGGGUACUUUCUUAAUUCUUUAAAGAGUCCUACAGAUUAGUUUGGUAAAUGUAUUAUUUUAUUAUCCAAUAUCUAUUGAUUCAUAAUCUAGAUAUAUGUCUAAAAGGGGAAAAUGGGCAGGAAUGCAGAGUUGUAUUAUGAUGUUCAAUAUAUCAUUAUACAUUGUAAUGAAAAUUUGGAAACUGCUUAAACAAUUUUUAGGAUAUUGGUUAAAUAAGAUAUAAACUAUCAUGCAAAAAAACUAAAACUGAUAUAAAUAUACAUGAUAAAUGAUUAAGAGAUAGAUUAGUAUACAGAGUACUUUAUACUGUUUGUAUAUAAAUUUCAUGUGAAUACACACAUACACACACACACACACACACACACACACACAUUAAAAAGUAUGGUCUAAGGAUGCCUGGGU